GACAGUUCUAGUCCCAAGCGACAACGCCUUUCCCAUUCAGUCUUCGACUAUACAGGAGCAUCACCAGCUGCAUCACCACCAAUGCGACCAUGGGAGAUGACAUCAAAUAGGCAGCCUACUUUGGCUCGGCCCAACCAACACCACUUCUUAGGGGAACGAUGCAGCACACCUGCACGAAACAGGAGGAGUCCUCCAGUUCGGCGUCAAAGAACAAGGAGAGAUCGUUUGUCUAGACGUAAUUCCAUUAGCCAGGAUGAAAACUAUCACCGUCUCUCCUAUGGACAGCAGCAAGCAAUAGAAGAGCCCCGAGCCUUUCACCCACCAAAUGUAUCUCCUUGUAUGUUGCACCCAGCUGCUCAUCCACCUCAGCAAAAUGCAGUGGUGGUUGACAUUCAUGAUCAGAUCCAUCAGGGCACGGUUCCUGUCUCAUACACAGUGACAACGGUGACUCCACAUGGGAUACCACUUUGCACAGGCCAGCACAUCCCUGCCUGCAGCACGCAGCAGGUCCCAGGGUGUUCAGUGGUUGUCAGUGGGCAGCACCUUCCAGUUUGCAGUGUGCCUUCCCCAAUGCUUCAGGCGUGCUCAGUCCAGCACCUACCUGUACCGUAUGCAGCAUUUCCACCCCUCAUUUCUAGUGACCCAUUCCUUUUGCAUCCUCCUCAUAUCUCUCCACACCACCCUCCUAACUUGCCUCCUCCAGGACAAUUCGUUCCUUUCCAAGCACAGCAAUCGCGGUCGCCUCUUCAAAGGAUAGAAAAUGAAGUAGAACUGCUUGGAGAACAUCUUCCUGUAGGGGGUUUUACAUACCCUCCCUCAGCUCAUCCACCACCAUUGCCUCCCUCAGCUCCUCUCCAAUUCUUAGCCCAUGAUCCUUUACACCAGGAGGUGUCAUUUGGUGUACCUCACCCACCUUUUAUGCCUCGAAGACUCGGAGGGCGCAGCAGAUACCGAACACAGCAGCCAAUACCACCACACUCUUACCACCCCAGCCUAUUACCUUACGUGCUAUCAGUGCUCCCAGUGCCACCUGCAAUUGGGCCAGCUUUCAGCUUUGAGUUGGAUGUGGAAGAUGGAGAGGUAGAAAACUAUGAGGCACUGCUGAAUUUAGCAGAACGACUAGGAGAAGCCAAACCACGAGGAUUGACAAAGGCAGACAUUGAACAGCUUCCAUCCUACAGGUUCAAUCCAAAUAACCAUCAAUCAGAACAGACAUUGUGUGUAGUAUGCAUGUGCGAUUUCGAGUCAAGGCAGCUACUUAGAGUCUUACCCUGUAACCAUGAAUUCCAUGCCAAGUGUGUCGAUAAAUGGCUGAAGGCAAAUCGUACCUGCCCAAUUUGUAGAGCUGAUGCUUCGGAAGUGCAUCGUGAUUCGGAAUGACGAAUCUGAGAGCACAAAUCUCCUUUGUGUGUUCCUGUUCACAUGUAUAUAAGAACUAUCUAUUGAACUUAUCCAUGUGGCUUCCAGCCUACCCUUUACACAAAAGGGUCAAUAGACCUUACUUUGCACUGUGUGACUUAAUCAAUUACAAAGCUUACAACUAGUCUUCAAAGUUACAGGAUUGUUAUACUAACAGUGUGAGUGGAACUCCAAAGAUUUAUUUUUUUAGCUUAAUUUCAUGUGUGCACUAACAUUCUCUGGAUUUUGUGUGAUCAUUCCGAGUGUUGCUGCAAGACUACUGUGGACGUGAUCUUUUUAGCAUGUGUUUUUUAUAUAAAAGAAAAAGAAAAAAAAUCACGUAGCUCCAAACAAUAUAGCAAUCUACCUUAUA